UGGUAAGCGAGGCCAGCCGUGGCGCAAGGCUCCGUUGUCGCUGGGUUCUGUGACGAUGACGGACAUGGGUAUGGAGAUAGUGGGAUUCUCCACAGCGAUUGAUGAGUGAGGAGGAGGAGAUAUGGGAGUGGGAUGAAUGCUUUACCACUUUGGACGCGGAGGCUGUUGGUGUGGGCCCCUCCGCGAUGUGGUGUUAGUGCCCUGGCACAGCUCACCUGCGAGUGAAGUGUAAGUCACGGAUUGAUAUAUCGCAGACAGAACCUCAAUGGUUUCAAGCUUUCUUGAAUCUAUCUCACAAAGAAAAGAAGAAGCGUCAUCAUGUCCCGCCACAUCCUCCUCAUAAACGGCCCCAACCUCAACCUCCUCGGCACCCGUGAGCCCGCCACCUACGGCUCAACGACCCUCGCCGACGUCGAGUCCGCCGCCCAAGAGCAGGCCACUGCCCUCUCCGCCAAACUAUCAACCUUUCAGUCAAACCACGAGGGCGCCAUUGUCGAUCGCAUCCAGGCGGCGCGCGGCGACGUCGACGCCAUCAUCAUCAACGCAGGCGCCUACACACACACUAGCGUGGCGAUCCGGGAUGCUCUGCUAGGCGUGGAAAUUCCCUUUGUCGAGUUGCACGUUUCCAACGUCCACGCGAGGGAAGAGUUUCGCAGACACAGCUAUUUGUGCGACAAGGCGGCGGCGGUGAUCUGUGGGAUGGGGGUGUACGGAUACACGGCGGCGCUGGAAUUUGUGGUAAAGCAUCUCAAAAUUAAGGCUAGGCUAUGAUGAUAUGUACAUAAACAAG